GCAGACAUCCGCUAGAGGAAAUGACUUGCUUCUAGCCCUAACUUAUCAAGCAUCGUUUUUUGUCACUACAACCACAUGAUAUACCGUAUAAAGCCUCAUGUUAUUUCUAUUCCAGAUAAGUAGCUUGUGUAGCUGAGAGACAACCGAGGAUUAAACUUCAAAACUUUGAGUUUUAUAACCAGUGUGAAGACGGAGAAGAUGGCAGAUGGUAGCAAAAGAAAGCAGGUGACUGGUCACUUGUUGUUCUGUGUGUCCACGGCAAUCAUUGGCUCGCUGCAGUUUGGCUACAACACAGGGGUCAUCAAUGCACCUUAUGAGAAAAUACAGGCCUUGUUUAGGAAUACCACUCUGGAGCGCUACGGCCAAGGCACAGAUGUCACCAACAUCACUGAGCUUUUAUUAAGUCUUGCUGUAGCUAUAUUCAGUGCUGGUGGCAUGAUUGGGGCUCUCUCUGUAGGAUUUGUGGUCAACAAGUUCGGGAGACGCAAGUCUAUGCUCCUGUGCAAUAUUUUGGCUCUGAUCGGGGGUGGGCUGAUGGGCUUGUCUAGCGUGGCCCGAUCGCAUGAGAUGGUGAUUAUUGGGCGCCUGGUCAUUGGCAUCUUCUGCGGUCUCUUUACAGGUCUGACCCCCAUGUAUGUGGGGGAAAUAGCACCAACAGCACUGAGAGGAGCGUUUGGCACCCUUCACCAGUUAGGGGUUGUUGUUGGCAUACUCAUAGCUCAGAUCCUAGGUUUAGAGAGCUUGCUAGGUUCUCAAGAACUUUGGCCACUCUUGCUGGGACUGACGGUGUUGCCUGCAGUAGUGCAAAGCAUCAUGCUACUGUUUUGCUCGGAGAGUCCCAGAUACCUGCUCAUCAACCUAAAGCAGGAGGACAAUGCUCGCCAGGUGUUGGUGCGUCUUCGUGGGAACAACGAUAUUGAGGAUGAUGUUCAGGAGAUGAAAGAAGAAGCCAGUAAGGUGGCCAUGGAGAAAAAAGUUUCCAUCCUGGAGCUGUUCCGUAACCCCGUUUACCGACAGCCUAUCAUCAUCGCCAUCGUCAUGCACCUCUCUCAGCAGUUCUCUGGAAUCAAUGCUGUAUUUUAUUACUCGACAAUAAUCUUCCGGUGUGCAGAUAUCGCUGACCCGAUAUACGUCACUAUCGGAGCAGGAAUAGUCAACACUAUCUUCACAGUGGUCUCUCUCUUUCUGGUGGAGCGGGCAGGACGAAGGACACUUCACAUGAUUGGAUUGGGUGGAAUGGCCAUUUUUGCUCUUAUCAUUACCAUCUCUCUUAAACUACUGCUGAGCACAUGUGAACAACAACCUUUGGGAGCUCCAGACUUGACUGUCUACAAUAGAACCAUGGAGGCAACACUAGACGGGACUAAAAAUCAGCUGGUAAGCUAUGUGGCCGUCGUGGCUGUUUUUGGGUUUGUGGCAACUUUUGAGAUUGGCCCAGGUCCAAUCCCAUGGUUUAUAGCAACAGAGCUCUUUGCUCAAGGUGCACGGCCAGCUGCUGUUGCUGUGGGUGGCUGCGCCAACUGGACAGCCAACUUUCUGGUGGCUCUGAGCUUCCCGCAUCUGCUGAGACUGUGUGGAUCAUAUGUCUUCAUCAUUUUCUUCAUCCUCCUUGUGUUUUUCUUCCUGUUUACCUACUUCUGGGUUCCGGAGACGAAAGGCCGGACCUUUGAGGACAUUGCUAGUGGAUUUGCUAGAAAAGCAGCUUCCAGCCCAAAUCAGUCCUCCCAGGCAGAGGGCAAGACCAGUAUGUCAGUCUCUUCUCCCACAGAGAAAGUUGCAAUGGUGGACUUUAGUGUACAGGGGGCAGCCAAUACUGCACUGUAAAAAAUGAUUUGUUGUUUUAACUUAAAAAAGUUAGUGCAAGGGUUGCCUUAAGGGCUGCCUUAAAAUUUUGAGUUCACUGAAAUUAAUAUAGUAAGUUCACAACAAUUUAACUUACUAUGUGAAUUCCAGUGAACUCAAAAUUUUAAGGCAGCCCUUGCACUAACUUUAAGUUAAAACAACAAAUAUUUUUUUUUUACAGUGUGAAUCGAACCCAUAGAGCUCAGGCAAAAGGUUUCAUUUAAACUCCUCAGAUACAUCAGAGAAGAGAAACAAGUUCAAAGUGAGAAAGGCCAUAAUGAUACCCGGAUUUAUUAAAGGAAGCACUAAAUUGAGCUGUUUUAGCUACCGUGGCAUGCAUUGCCAGUUUAGAGUGUGAUCUAUGAGAGACGUGCAUGCAAAUGAAUCCAGGCGCACUUUGCCUAAUUAAAAAAUGCCUGUAGCAGAAAAAAAAAAUCCCUUUUAAUGCCAGCCUUUGCAUCUGAAACGAAGUGAAGGAAUUGCACUACUACUCGUAUUGGUUUGGGUAUCCGGUUAUUUAGCACAAAAGUCUCUUAGCACAACUCUAAGGUCUCUUUGCACAACUCUGGAUCAAGGUUUUUUUUUUUUCAAGUUUAAUUAUUUCACUUUCUUGCAUUUAGAAGUCACGGCAAUUAUCCAAAAUGUAAAUAGUUUAAUAAAAUUAAUGAAAUAGCUGUACAUAGGUUUCCUUUCUUUCGACCUUUUUUCUUUGGUAAAAAAUUUAAAUAAAGAACAAACAAAACGCUUUCUUUCAACUCAUCAUCUUGUAAAUUUCACUUGACUUUUCUUUCUUUAUUAAAUUAGCAAAUUGUAAAUAAUAAAUAUGAUAUAAUUUAAGUUUAGCACUUUAUUAAAGACUAAACAAACCUGGAAGUUGGCUGUAGCGAUGUACCGUGUCAGGGUACAUGCUGUGUUAAAUAAUUUGGAGGGAGGAUUGGUGACUAACAUACGGGCUACAUCAAACAUGGCGGUUUCAAGAUGGCGGAGUGGGGAAAUAUAAUUGCUCGUUUUCGAUUGGAAUCUCGGCAACUUUCAUUAAAAAAAUCCAUCAAACAUCUUUAAACAUCUCUAGCCGCUUUAUCCUUCUACAGGGUCGCAGGAGCCUAUCCCAGCUGACUACGGGCGAAAGGCGGGGUUCACCCUGGACAAGUCGCCAGGUCAUCACAGGGCUGACACAUAGACACAGACAACCAUUCACACUCACAUUCACACCUACGGUCAAUUUAGAGUCACCAGUUAACCUAACCUGCAUGUCUUUGGACUGUGGAGGAAACCGGAGCACCCGGAGGAAACCCACGCGGACACGGGGAGAACAUGCAAACUCCACACAGAAAGGCCCUUGCCAGCCCCGGGGCUCGAACCCAGGACCUUCUUGCUGUGAGGCGACAGCGCUAACCACUACACCACCGUGCCGCCCCGAUCUUUAAACAUGAUCAGUAAAUUUUUAUAAUAAGGAUUAAGUGUUCAUGGAUCUUGUGCUAAAGAACUUGGAUUUGUGCUAAAAGACUUUUGUGCUAAAUAACUAUAACCUUGGUUUGGGGCUCAUACUGUUCUACAGUAGGUUUUCUUCCAAUAAUUUCAUAACAGUACAGUUGGGCAGGUGAUAUGUUUGCAGGAUGUUUUUUUUUUUGAGGGAUCCAAAUCCAUUUAGAAACAGUGAGAGCGAUUUAUGACCUGAAAUAAGCAGGUUUUUAUUCAAGUUAAGUAACACAUGCAAAGGCAAAGUAAAUAAUUUUACAUUUUACCAAUGCUAAAAAUUGAUUUUCCUUACUUGAUGAGAUCAGCUCAAUUGACUGAUCUAACAAACACCAGUCAAAAGUUUGUACACCCCUACUCAUUCAUAGGUUUUUCUGUAUUUUGUAUUUUCUACACUGUAGAACAAUACUGAACACAUCAAAACUAUGAAAUAACAUCUGGAACAGAUAUGGAAUUAUGUGGUAGACAAAAAAGUGUUAAAAAACAAAAUAUGUUUCAUAUUUUAGAUUCUUCAACGUAUCCACUUUCGUUAACCCUGAUGACGCUUUGCACGCUAUUAGCAUUCUCUUAACCAGCUUCAUGAGGUCAUCACCUGGAAUGCUUUUCAAUUAACAGGUGCCUCGUCAAAAGCUAAUUGGUGCCAUUUCUUGCCUUCUCAAUGCGUUUGAGAUCAAACAGUAAACAGUAAACAAUAAUACAGUAAAUAGCUCUAUUCCACAACUGUAGUAAUCCAUAUUAUGUCAAGAACCACUCAACUAAGUAAAGAGAAACGACAUCCAUCAUUUAUUUCAGACAUGAAGUGUCUUAAUUAAUAAAAAUAAAGAAAAAGCAUUGAAUUAGGUGUACAAACUUUUGACUGCUGCUGUAUGUUUAAAGGCCAUAAUUAUAAACCACAAUGAAGUUCAGGAUUAUUUUCUUCCUGAAGUAGUACAGUGAAAUACAGUCAUGUCCCAUUCCUUCACUAUCUCUUAUUCAUUCUCUGACCUGUACACUCACAUACUGUACAGCUGCCAUCAGGAAACAUGGAUAUAUUGGAUAUUUAUUCUAUCCACAUUCACUGGAUAUGAGCAAUCACACACUUCGAUUGGCUACUCUACUACUAGGCUAUCAGCUCAUAUACCCUGAGUAGAGAAAAACAAAAUGGCAGAGUGCAUCAAGUCAGAUAUAUCACUUUGUUAUCAAGUAUUUAAAAGAAACAGAAAUAGCUAAGGGCGGCACGGUGGUGUAGUGGUUAGUGCUGUCGCCUCACAGCAAGAAGGUCCUGGGUUCGAGCCCCGGGGCCGGCGAGGGCCUUUCUGUGUGGAGUUUGCAUGUUCUCCCUGUGUCCGCGUGGGUUUCCUCCGGGUGCUCCGGUUUCCCCCACAGUCCAAAG